AUGUUUUACCUUGAUGAUGCGGUGUGGACAAGCCUGUGGUACGCCUCUGUGAUAAUGGGGCUUAUCAGUCUGAUGACGUACCUUGUGGGGGUUGCGGUACAGAACUUGGCUAUGCGAUUUCCGCAGAAUCUAAAAUCCAAAUACGGCGCGGAGUGGGGAGUUGUAACAGGUGCCAGCAGUGGCAUUGGUAAAGCUAUCGCAGAGAAGCUCGCUCAGCAAGAGAUCAAUGUCGUUCUGAUCGCGCUGGAUGACCCCCUGCUAAACAACACUUUUACCGAGUUGCAAAAGCGCUACCCGCAGCGCAGCUUCCGCAAAGUUGGGGUCAACCUGGGCGAGGAGAGCAUGCGUUACAUGUCGCCCAUCAUAGACGUGACGAAGGACCUUGAUGUCAGCCUUCUCUUCAACAACGCCGGGUACAUCAGCACGGGGCUCUUCGCCGAAACGGGGAUAGAACGGCUGCGAGCCAAUAUGGAGUGCAACGCCGGCUGUGCUGUCCCAAUCACGCACCACUUCCUCCGCAAGAUGAUGGAGAGGCGGCGUCGUGGCCUUGUCACGUUUACGUCUUCCUCCGCCGGUUAUCUUCCCGGGCCAACAGCAACGCUGUACAGCCCGACCAAGGCCUUCUUGACGAACUUCGCCACCACACUGGCGGCGGAAGUGCAUGAUGCCGGCAUUGAUGUUGUGGUUAUGCACCCGUCGCCAGUGAACACAAACUUCUACAAGAACCAGGGUCCGGCGCUAGACUCGCUCAAGUCAGCACAGAAGGUGGCGUGCUUGCCGAUGAAUAUUGCAGAUCAGAUUUUUGCUGCGGCAGGACGAAUAACGGUGUGGGAUCAGGGUUUAACGUCUGCUCUGUUUAGAGUGGUGAACAAGAUAAUUGAUUUUCAGUUCUUGUCUGAACUCAUCGUGCGCUUCGCCUGGUUGAACGGCGACCACAAGAAAUUGGUGGCCGCUUCCAGUAUACGAGGCAAGAAAAGUAUGUAG